CAGCGACAUGCCAAGCCAAAGCGACUCAAGGCGCACACCGUGAUGACCAAGUCGCAUACGAUCCCCACCGUGCCGCGCGACAACAAAGGGGGCCCGAUACUCCCGCUCAAUGUCGGUAUCAUGACCGUGAUCAGCCUCGGCGAGGUGUGCAUGCGCGAACAUUUCCAUACGGAGAGGUACAUCUUCCCUGUAGGAUACGAAGUGACCAGGCGCUACCACUCCGCGUGCGACGCGAACGCGGAUGUGGUCUACCACUGCACGAUCCUGGAUGGUGGCGACGGACCCAAGUUCCAGAUCAUCGCUGCGGACAUGCCCGACAAGCCAAUUGUUGCAGGCACCGCGACCGGCGCAUGGUCUGUCGUCGUUCGUGCCGCAAACCACGUGCGCAACCGCCAGCAUAGCAACUCCGUGUCGGGGCCAGAUUUCUUCGGCCUCGGGCAGAACACGAUCAAGCAUCUCAUACAAGAGCUGCCCAACGCGGACCGGCUGCAGAACUAUGUAUGGCAAAAUUUCUAUGAAGGCGGGCAGCUAGGCGGGCGGCACGCGGCGGUCGUGCCCGCGCUUCCCGAAGAAUAU